AAAAGAUCCUUUUGGUACUGCAACCUACCUACCAGGCCACUAGAUCUUUCUCUUUGAUGAAUAGGAGCUCCAUCUACAAAGUUCCAAGCUGCUUGUGGGUGGCAGUGCUUUCUAUCUUGUUUUGAUCAACCAUUUGUGGAUUCUUGAUAAGCUGCGGCAGAUUGGACAAGCUGAUUGCACUGACUCCCAAGGGACAUACAUGGUACCAGCAAAGGUUGUUCCUUAGCUGAUCAUAUGCCAGUGGAAAAGAUUCCCAACAACUUUUUCCUGUAACAUCCAUUCAAGAGAUGUUUGCUCUACUUGCACCAUCUCUAUCCUGUAGUUAGGACCUCUGCUUUCCGUGCUACACCCAACUUUAAAUUAUUCUUAUGAUCCUGUCCUCUGCAGUUUAUGCUUUGGAUUUCUGUAGGCUCAUUAGAGGUUCUUACCAGGAACACAGAUUAGUUUAAAAGACUUUUUCCAGAGGGAGGGAGGACCAGAGUUCUGUAGUUACAGUCCUAUUAAGUACUUACGGAAUGAAACCCUGUUUGGAGUUCUUCACAGCUUUGGCAAGAUGGUAAAUGUCUUUGCACAGGUCAUGUUGAUCAUCUUCUUUGAAUCUAUCAUCACCUGAAUCUGAGUGAGGCCUUGUUGUUGUGCCCUCUGUAGUCAUUCCUUGAACCUCCAAAAGGGACACAUAUGUUCCUCAAAGGCAUGCAAUUACUCCUUUAUCCUUGUAACCUGAGACAUGUGACAUAUCCCACAGAGCUCAUGAUGCAGGACAUGUUUUAGAUCUUGUAGGGGUAAAAGAUUUAUAUAAGAUUUCUGAGUAUGUCCUAAGUGUCCAGUUAAGGAGAAAGAGCUAAGAUGAAUUCUGGGAUGUUGCUGCUACAUGCAUGAUUUUGUCUGUUCCUUUCCUAUUUAUUGCCUCUUGUAGUUCCUACCUGCAAGUUCUUGAGUUCCAACCAAGAAGAGGAGCAGGAAAGAUGUAUGCAGAGACCGGGCUGCUGUUGCCCUGCAUGCAGGGCUUUCCACAAGUAGUAUCAGGAGCUGAUCAACAUCUUCUUCCGUUUACAUCUCAUGAAGACUUGGUCUCCACGGUCUUUCCUGGUGCUGCUCCCACCUUGGGUAACCUGGUUCAGAUUUCCUUUACUGAUUAUGACCUGGGAGGAGACGGGGAUCUGUUUGAAGCUCCAAAGCCCAUAUUAGAAGAAUCAUUAGAUCCCAUAACCGCUACCAUGUCAGUGAUGCCUGGUUAUGGAAGUACUAUAACAGAAGAAACAAUGAAAACCACAGAUGCAGAGUUGAUCCAAGAUGAAGAUCUAUCGUUUGCUGCAGUGCAGACUGAAGAAGAUACGGCUGGAGCAAAAGAUAAUUCCUUUGCAGAGGGAUCAUUACAGAAGAGUGGCAGUUUUGGAUGUCUAGGCUCAGUGGACUACUCUAAGGUUCUCAGUGUCGAGCCAUGUUUUCUUGGUGUUUCUGAUAUGAAUCUUGAGGUUGCAUUUCAGAUGAGGAGGGCAUACAGCGAAGGAGAUAUCCAGAUUCUUGGAAACAAUAACUCAGUUCAUGGUAACAUGAACAUAAUUCCUGCUUUUAAGGUUUUAGCAAGCUUUGAGGAUAUCAAGAUUGAGGACAAGAUCAAAGAAAGAAGGAUAAAGCUUUCCAGGUACAGGAAGAAGAGGACAAAAAGAAACUAUGGAAGAAAGAUCAAGUAUGCUUGCAGAAAGGCUUUGGCAGAGAGUCAGCCUCGUAUACGUGGAAGGUUUGCGAAGAUGGAGGACACGUAUGGUUGCAAUGAUCGAGCGAUAGGAGGUCGCAAACUGCAGCAAUGAAGUAUAGAUAAAUGUACAAGUAGCUUGCAGCUAGUACUGCUUUCUAAGCACCCCUAUGGGUAAUGUGCGCUUCCGAUAUCAUGUUAUAAAGCUUGUUCAGAACUUUGAAUUAUAUUUGUUAGAAAUAAGCCUAUGGUUAUCGGCAUCUCUUGCUAUACCGUCGGUCUGUAUCAAUUAACAUUUAUCUGUAGCUAUGUGACUAGUUUGGAAUGAAUAAGAUUUGACAAAGUUUUGAGCUUUCAA